GCAAAAUAAAAAUCAAUUAUUAAAAAACAAAAAAGAAAAAGAAAAAUACAAUUUGAAUAAUUUGAUUAGGUUGUGCCAUUCUGGUUUCUUCUUCAUUCAUCAUAGAAAAGAGAUUGAAUCCAGCGCCCCUUCCGAUUCCGCGUACAGAAGAUUCCAUUCCGUCCCGAUGGUGGCCAGAGGCGUGCCGGCGGAGGUGGCGACCACGGCGGUGUUCUCGGUGGCCGCCGCCCUUAACCUGACCAAAUCGUCGUUGUCGUCGUCGUCGAACUGGUGGCACGACAUCAACGCAUCCUCUGUCUGGCACUCGAAACACCUAUUCCUUUUUGAUUUAUUAAAUUAUUUAUUAAUUAUCGUAGUUCAACUCGUUCGGAUACAAUUGAGGGUGCCGGAAUAUGGAUGGACGACGCAGAAGGUCUUUCACUUUCUCAAUUUUUUGGUGAAUGGGGUUCGAUGUCUAGUUUUCGUCUUCCGUCGGAAUGUGCAGAAGUUUCAGCCGGAGAUUGUUCAACAUAUCUUACUAGACAUGCCAAGUCUUGCUUUCUUCACAACUUAUGCACUUUUAGUUCUCUUCUGGGCGGAAAUUUAUUACCAGGCACGUGCAGUAUCUACUGAUGGACUCAGACCAAGUUUCUAUUCAAUUAAUGCUGUAGUUUACGUUAUUCAGCUUGCUUUAUGGUUGUUAUUAUGGUGGAAACCUAUUAGGGUGCUGCUCAUCCUGUCUAAGGUGUUCUUUGCAGGAGUCUCAUUGUUUGCAGCCCUUGGCUUUCUUCUCUAUGGUGGAAGACUAUUCUUGAUGCUGCAACGCUUUCCUGUUGAAUCCAAAGGUCGACGGAAGAAGCUGCAAGAGGUUGGCUAUGUGACCACAAUAUGUUUUUCAUGUUUCCUUGUCAGAUGUGUUAUGAUGUGCUUUGAUGCAUUUGACGAAGAUGCUGACCUUGAUGUCCUGUACCAUCCCAUCCUAAACUUCAUCUAUUACCUGUUGGUGGAAAUAUUACCUUCUUCCUUGGUCCUUUUCAUUUUGAGGAAGUUGCCACCCAAGCGUGGUAUCACACAGUACCACCCAAUUCGUUGAAAAGUUUGAAAAUACGGAUAAAACCUAGUCAGGCCAUCAUUAGUGGCUCUCUGGAUGUUUCUCACACUAGAAGGAUAACUUCCUGAGGGCGUUCAAUCUUUUCUAUGUUGAAUGACAAAGCUAAUAUCAUGUACUUUAUAGUUCUCCCAUGAGGUUUGUAGAUUUGAAGUGACAUUUUAUGGGUCGGUGAACGUGUUGAGCUGUGUUACAUAUGUGAUAUUUGUUGUCUCUAGGUGAAUUUGGUUGCUCGUCGAGGUUCGGAGAUUUAACAUUAAUGAGCAACCAUUUGGGGAGAAGGGAACGCUGAUGUAUUGUAUAAUAGAGUUCAAGUCUUGUAACUGCCUCCAGUUGUUGAAAUUAAUUGUUCCUCUGAUUUUUUAGUCAA